CAGGGUAGGAGGCGUGAGGCUUCCUAGGACCCAGGAGAAGCCCGUUCCUCCGGUUCUGCAUUGCCAUUAGUGCGGACCGGCGUGCGGCUUCCUCCUCCUAUAGCAGCUUCAGCGCGGGCCGGCAGGCGGGCACCCGGGCUAGAAGCCGCCUCUAGCCUAGACCGAGGGUACCCGUGGGUGGGAAACCGCGAGCCAGAGGGGGUGGGGAGAAGGGAAGGGCGGGGGUGCGUUUGUUUGCCGGGCCGUGUCCUUCUCAUUGAUGCUCGCCUGGAAAUCAGCGGAUUUUAAUUUCAUUAUUCCCUCUAUUAACGGGGUCUGCUCUUUUAUUUAUUUGAAGGGGUGGUGAGGUCGUGGGGGCAUCAGCAGGGCUGCAGGUUUCUUUAGGCUUGCAUGAGCGGUUGCCCCGCCCCCGCACCACCCGGGCUCACGCGCCCCAGGGGAAGGGCUGUGAGUGAGGGUUGGGUGGGUCAGGCGGCGGCCCGCAGGCAUCCACCGGGUGGUCUACGGCCCUGGUGCGCUUGCCACGCCGGCUAGCCGCACGCCACAGAGCACGGGGAUUGGGAGGCAGAGCGGCGUCCCCGGGCCGCGCUGGGGUGGGCGGGGGUGCGUGACGCGCUCGUGCGCGGGUACAUUGGAUGCGUCUCUCUCAGGACUCCUUCCCCUCCCCCCUUUCCUCUCCAAAGAGCGGCGAAUUGAGAGAGCCGGGUCGUUAGCCAGCAGCUGGAGCUUGCAACACCCCGUGGGGCAUUGUGUGUUUGUGUGCCUGCGUGGGCAGAGGGCGGAAAGGGCAGCGAACCGGGGGCCACCCUCGGAAGUUUGUAGCCUUGCUCGGAACAGCCUCGCUCCUCCUGAGGCUGUUGCAAGCGGCUCCCCAGUCAGCUGGAGUUAGGGGGCUUUGGGCAGUGUUGUGUCUGCGUGUGGGGGCGUCAGGGAGACCGGGAUGGAGACUCUAAUGGGCACCACCAGGCACAGCUGGCACUUGUAGAGCAGGGCCGCAUCCCGAGGCAGGCAAGCUCGCUUCUUUGGCUGCAGCUCUCUGUUCACACCCCUCAAAGCCAUCACCCAGGAGAGGGGCGUAGGAUGCUGGCCCCAGGGGCCCCAGAACCUUAAGGUGCAUUCAAACGGAGUACCGAAUCUCACUUCCUUUGUGACUUAAGUGACUAAGGAGAUUUGGCUGGCAUAUCUUUGGUGAGAGGCUCAGGAGCUUUCCUACCAUAAUCAUGGCCAACACCCGGAGUAUUGAGCUUGAACAUUUUGAGGAAAGGGACAAAAGGCAGCGGCCUGGCUCCAGGAGAGGGGGGCCCAGCUCCUCGGGGGGCAGCAGCAGCUCAGGCCCCAAGGGCAAUGGGCUCAUCCCCAGCCCCGCACACAGUGCCCACUGCAGUUUCUACCGCACCCGGACUUUGCAGGCCCUCAGCUCCGAAAAGAAAGCCAAGAAGGCCCGCUUCUACCGGAAUGGGGACAGGUACUUCAAGGGCUUGGUUUAUGCCAUCUCCAGCGACCGCUUCAGGUCCUUCGAUGCCCUGCUCAUGGAGCUCACCCGCUCCCUAUCGGACAACGUGAACCUGCCUCAGGGAGUCCGAACCAUUUACACCAUUGAUGGAAGCCGGAAACUCACAAGCCUGGAGGAGCUGGUGGAAGGUGAAAGUUAUGUAUGUGCAUCUAAUGAACCAUUUCGAAAAGUUGAUUACACCAAGAAUGUUAAUCCAAAUUGGUCCGUGAACAUCAAGGCUGGGUCAGCUCGGCCAGUGACACCUUUAGCUUCUACAAAGAGUGAAGUGAAAGAAAGCAAAGAUUUCAUCAAGCCCAAAUUGGUGACUGUGAUUCGAAGUGGAGUGAAGCCCCGAAAAGCUGUGAGGAUCCUGCUGAAUAAAAAGACAGCUCAUUCGUUUGAGCAGGUCUUAACAGACAUAACAGAAGCAAUUAAACUAGAUUCGGGUGUUGUCAAAAGACUUUGUACACUUGAUGGGAAGCAGGUUACUUGCCUACAAGACUUUUUUGGUGAUGAUGAUGUUUUUAUUGCCUGUGGACCUGAAAAAUUCCGUUAUGCCCAAGAUGACUUUGUCUUGGAUCACAGUGAGUGCCGUGUCUUGAAGUCAUCAUAUUCUCGUUCCCAUGGUACGACUAAGCAGUCUGGAUCCAAAAGUCCUGGGCCUUCACGUCGCAGCAAAUCACCUGCCUCAGUAAAGAGGGGUGGCCUCUACUCCACUGCUCAUUCUACAGCUAAAUCCCCAGUUAAUGGAACUCCCAGCAGUCAGCUAUCCACUCCUAAAUCAACAAAAUCCUCUAGUUCCUCUCCAACUAGUCCAGGAAGCUUCAGAGGACUCAAGAUUCCACCACACUGUGGGUCUUCUUCCAAUGUGAAUGGUGGACCUGAACUGUACCGUUGCCUGAGCCCUGAAGCAGGUGUGAAUGGAAACAGGUGCUUUGAGUCAUCAACUCUUCUUGACAAAUACCGAAUUGGCAAGGUCAUUGGUGAUGGAAAUUUUGCUGUGGUGAAGGAAUGCGUAGAAAGGUCUACUGGAAAGGAGUUUGCCUUAAAAAUUAUAGACAAAACCAAGUGCUGUGGAAAGGAACACCUGAUUGAGAAUGAAGUGUCAAUACUGCGCAGAGUUAAACAUCCAAAUAUAAUCAUGCUAAUUGAGGAAAUGGAUACUGCUACUGAGCUUUUCCUGGUGAUGGAAUUGGUCAAGGGUGGCGAUCUCUUUGAUGCAAUUACUUCCUCAACCAAGUACACAGAGAGAGAUGGGAGUGCAAUGGUGUACAACCUAGCAAGUGCCCUGAAAUAUCUUCAUAGUCUCAAUAUCGUGCAUAGAGACAUCAAGCCCGAGAACCUUUUGGUGUGUGAAUAUCCAGAUGGAACCAAGUCUUUGAAACUGGGAGAUUUUGGGCUGGCCACUGUGGUGGAAGGGCCUUUGUACACUGUGUGUGGCACACCCACUUAUGUGGCUCCAGAAAUAAUUGCUGAGACUGGCUAUGGCCUGAAGGUGGACAUCUGGGCAGCAGGUGUGAUCACAUACAUCCUCCUCUGUGGAUUCCCACCAUUCCGCAGUGAGAAUAACCUUCAAGAAGACCUCUUUGAUCAGAUCCUUGCUGGAAAGUUGGAAUUUCCUGCACCCUAUUGGGAUAACAUCACUGACUCCGCAAAGGAAUUAAUCAGCCAAAUGCUGCAAGUCAAUGUGGAGGCGCGAUGUACAGCGGCACAGAUCCUGAGUCACCCCUGGGUGUCAGAUGAUGCCUCCCAGGAGAAUAAUAUGCAAGCUGAGGUCACAGGUAAACUGAAACAGCACUUUAACAAUGCCCUACCCAAACAGAACAGUACCAACACCGGCGUCUCCGUCAUCAUGAACACAGCUCUAGAUAAAGAGGGUCAGAUUUUCUGCAGCAAGCACUGUCCAGAUGCCAGCAGAGCUGGGAUGGAGCAAACCUCUCCCAUUCCUUCUCCUGCCAAGGAGCCUCCCAUGCCCGCGUCUGCAGACCUCCAUCUCUUUGCUUCUCCGGAGACACCCACCUCCCCCAGGCCUCCGGCAGCAGCCAGCUGUGAACGUGCUGGGUCCUGGCGUCGCCUUCGUGACUGACACUCGGCCGGACCAGCUGCAGCGCACAGCCAUGUUGGGAAGCCCAGUCUCUCCCCUACCCCUCUCCUCUCCCUGUCGUGGCUGGUUUUUAAGUUUGUCACCCUGGGGAAUCAGGGGCCUAAUGUUGGGGAGUACUAUGGCUUGUGGGAAACUGCGGGAGCUCUGGCAUCUGCCUGGAGCAUGCUGUGGUAUGGACUUUGGACAAACACAUUUUGAGCUCUUUUUGGAAACAUCCAAUUUUCUGUUUAAUGGGCACCUCAACCCUCUCCCCUUAGCCCUUCCCAUCAGCAGAGCUUGUCACUUUCUCAAGCACUAACUGCAUUUUUUAAAUAGAAACUCUUUGGAUGGACUAAGAUACUUUCCUUUCUUGGAACAUACAGAACUCUGCUAGGCAGAAGAAUUUUUCUCUCAAAGAGGCAAAACCUUUUCAUUUGCUCCUUAGCUCCUUGGCACAGGUCAGUGCCCUGUUAAAGAGUCGCAGCAGUGCAAAGAGCCUCAUUGUGCAGCCCAGAAAAAGGGAAGCGCCUGACACAGGGAGGAGGAAUCAGGAUUUUGAACCCAAUCCUCCAAAACCCAGACUCAGAGAAGAUGUGGCAGUCUCAUUGCUCAUGAAAACACUGGGUAUUUAUUUGUUCAAAGAUUGGGGUGGGGGGCGUUUCUUUCCUAUGUGUUCUGAAGCUUUCCUUUUGUUCUCCUCUUUGAAAGUUGCAUCUCUCCCAGGCUCUAUUAGGAAAUGACAAUUCACUAUUCCUUUGGUCUUUUGAAUGGCAGGCUUGGCUGCCUCAUGCCAGAUAACCUAGAUUGGGGGCUGUUUGCCCUUCCAUAGAAAGUAAAUGGAGAGAAGAUGGUGUUCCCUUGCUUGAAGUGGCCACAGAUGUUUUCUUCCAUCAUCCUGCUUCUUGUGGGACAGGUCAAUGUGCAGACAACGUGCACAAUCCUGUGUAGAUGCUGGGAAGGAUCGCUGAGAUGAGAGACCUUGACCAUCCUGGAGCCCUGAACACCCUCGGAGGAAGGUGCUACGAGUGCUUCACAUGCUAGCUGUUGUGGGAGAGGAGACUCUUCCUUCCUUUCUCCCACCCUGCUCAUUUCAGUAAUGUAUCUAAUCCACUGAUUUGGUUUACCUGCUCGUCUUUCACAAGCGUGGCCUGUGUGAUUUGUUGUGGCUUCGUGUUGAGUUUGCAGUGUUAACCGACCUACAAUAAACUUUUUCUUGAUGAGAAAACAAUCAUUGGUUAGAGGGAGGGAAGAGCCAAAGUAACUUCAUUAUUCUGAGAACUCUUGGACCCAUGACUUGGUUUUUAUCAAGGUCUGCUUCGAGCCAGUUUUAGCAGAAGCCAGCAUCCCUUUGGGCUAGGUCCUGGAUUGAGGAGGGCAUCCACCUUGAGAAGUUAUGUGGGGAUGACUCCACAUCUUAGGGACACCUAAUGGAAGGAAAGUAAAAUGCAUUUUUAUAACUUGAUCCAUGGGCUUUUCAAAUAAAUCAUGGACAGAAAAAGGUAGACUAUAAAUAGUAAUGAAGUAAGGACCGCUUAUCAAAGCCAGCUAGACUUAGAGGAAACUGUGUGUGGUUGAAAGAUUAUGAAGUUUCGUUUAGAAGUGAGUAAGGUUAGAGAGCAGUAUACCAGGUUGGAAACCCAAACAUGAGCCCAACAUAUAAUCAACAAGUUCUUGGCCGUCUUAUCUAGGAACAGGCGGCCUCGGCCGGUCUGGCCCCCGGCUCACCGAUACUGCUGUAGACCAUUUGCACCAUUCCUUUUUCCACUUCUGUAAAAGGAAGAUAAAACAUAUUUGCUUUGUGCGAAGGGCUAACUAGUGAUCCAGAUAGAAAGAGAGAAGCUUUGUAGGGAAAGGUGAGAAACAACUACCCAACACUAGCUUAGGGGAAUUUUCAUGUUGAAUGUUUUUGACAAACUGACCUUGUUUCUUAUUGGAAGGGGGGCAGGUUGCUGUAGGCAUACAGUAUUCUGAUUUGAGCAUGGCAUUUAAUAUUUUUCAUUGACGUCCUUUUGAUUGAUGGGACAAGUACAGCCUGGAUCAUAGCGCUGGUAAGCAGAUCUUCAUGAACAGUUUGGUACCACCCUGGCGAAGCACCUUGCACCUGACCUGUUGGACCUUGUUACCAGUGAUUUAUAUGGAGACAUGCAAAGCCUUUUGAUGAAGUCUAUGGGUGCUAGGAGGCUGGGUGCAUAGCAAAUGUUUAUUCUAUAGGGAGGUCAGAGGGACUUCACAGGCCAUCUAGUUCAACCCCUUCAUUUUACAGAUGAGGGAACCAAGACCGUGGAGGUUAAAUGACUUGCUAUGGUCACAUGAGUAGGAAAGUAUCAGAAAUUGGAUCUGAAGAUGACAAUCAGUGCUCCAAAAUAAUGUUGUAGACUGGAAUGGGGCCAAACCAACAAGGUUAAAAUUUAAUGGGGGGGGGUGUUGUGUAAUAUAUUGGUUUUUUUGAAAAUCUAAUGUGCAGACACAGAACAAGAAGAAUCUGGACUGGAUAACAGUGUGUGUCAAAAAUCAAGCAGUUGUAACAUGUAGUAUGUUUUUUUUUAAAAAGCCCUACAAUUUAAUCUUUUGGUUCUAUUAACAGGAGCAUAAUUGUAUAUCAUUCUCCUGUCCUUCAGUCAGACCAUGCCUGGAAUGCUGAGCUCAGUUCGGGGCACCCCAUUUAAUAGGGAACAUUUGUGAGCAGCCCUGGGAAGACAAGCCGGCUGGUUGGCUUGCUUAAAGCAAACCACUACAACAAACGGCUUGAGGACCCCGGGGACAGUCAACAACAAGAAUUGAUGUUAAAGGGGAAGGCAUGUUAUGUUCAUGCUUUUUGAAAAUAAUGUAAUGCUGAAAAAUUAGAUUUGUUGGGUGUGGUUUCAGAAGGUGGCAGCAGAGGUAAGUUACCCAGGGUGCCAAGGAGGCCGGUUUCAGUCCAGUUUAUGGAAGAACUACUGUCUCCACUCAUUGGACUUGUACAGAAGUAGAGCGGCCUGCCUAGGAUGGAUGACUGGUGAUAUUCAGAGGGGAUUCUGGAGUGGGCAUGAGGUCAGACUAAGUGACCUUUCAAGUCCCUCCCAAGUCUUGAUUCCAAGGUCUUCAUAUAUUGAACAAGCAUUUUAUUAAAUACUCUCUAGUUUACAACCUUGCAGGUGAAGAGUUCAGGUACCCAAAGAUGUGGCCUUUUCAUUCUGUGCUUAUUCUAAAACAUCUUGGGUGUGAUACAUUAGCAUGUUAGAGGGGUUCUGUCAUGGCAAAGUUCUUUAGUGAGUGAGUCUUCAUGGCUCAUUGUCACCCUUUGCAGCAUCUUGUGGCUGUAAGGAAAAGAAAACUUAUGGUGAUAACUGGCUACUGAAGGGCUUUAAUACUGAUGAAUUUCCCCUUUUAUGAAAAGCAACUUAGGACAAGAUUUAGGGGCAAGCGUUUUCCCACGAUGGGUCUGGUUUGUUUUGUUUUUAAUUUUACGAAGCUGGACAGCUGUUAAUACAGGGAAAGGGGGAAGGAAACUCAAAAGAAUAAAUAUACCAUUGCAAGAUUUGAUUUCUCAUGUUGUUGUCCCACUCAGGCCACAGUGAUUUGAUAACAUUUACAGGUGUCUGUAAUUUGUGGGGAUAAUCUGUUCCCUUCUAGUGCAAACCACACCCUCCUUUCUUAAUGGGGAGAAGAAGAAACAAACUGAGCCUUUGUUCUUCCAGGCCGGGCGUGAGUGCUCUUCCCUCUAAUCUCAGCUGGGCUGAGAGCUAAUCCACACUGUCACUAAUAGUUCUGAGCAUGAUUUUAGACACCUAGGAAUCUGUCAUAUAAUCAGGUUCAAUCUUGCUGCAAGAUAAAUUUAAAAUGCUGAAUUUUUUUUUUCUAGUGAACCAAGAAGAGAUAGGAAAGCGGGAAUGUUUUUUCUCCUGUUCAGGUACACCUUUCCCUUCUGGGGUACUUACAUUUGAUAUUUCCCAAACGAAUUUCUUCCUGUGCACCUGCUACCAUGAAGCAUCCACAACAUGAAAUGGAAUAAAUGCUAUAAAAAUGAGGAUCUUUUUAACCAAGUGAUAAACAUGAGUUUGAAGGAGAGGAAGCACCGCAUAGAUGUGCUGUGUGGGUUUGAAUAGUUUACAUAGGGUUAGUAUAAGGAUACGCACAUGUCCAUCUUUUGGUGUGUUUGAUGUCUGUAAGUUUUGGUGGGUCUGUUGUGAUUUUCAAUGGUGUCUCUAAACUGCAAAUAGAAUGAGGGUUCUUAACCUUUUUGUGUGGAUGACGGACCCUUUCGGCAAUGUGGUAAAAUCUGGGGGCCCUUUUUUAGAAUAAUGCUUCCAAGUGCAUAAAAUAAAAUAUGUAGGAUUACAAAGGAAACAAACUAUCUUGAAAUAUUUUCUUCAUCAAUAUUCAUGGACCAUUCCUGAAAUCAAUCCAUGGCUCCCAGGUUAAGAACUCCUAAAAGAGGCUACCCACUGAUGUUGCUGCUUACCCCACCCCACUGGGAAAUCAUUUAUAUGCCUACAUUUACCAUAUGCACAUAAAUACAUACAAGUCUCCCUGAAGUAAAGAGGAGUGUCCUAGGUGUAUGCUGGGAGAAUUAGUUUCUGAAUUUGGAAAGAGUCUGGAUUAAUCCUGAAGGACUAAGUGAUUAAAAUGCAGCAGAUUAUACAGAGUAGACAAGAACAGCCAGAAAUUGUUGACUCAAUUAAGAAUUACUCCUAUGGUAGAAGAAUCUAUGCCAAAGAUAAAACAGUGACAAAAAUCUGGGGAAAGGCCAUGCAUUGCAGCUUGGUAAAAGAUGAUUGCCUAAGGAAGAGGAGCAGCAUGGCCCAAACACCAGUCUACUUUCCUAGGGAAAUACAGUGAUGAGAAGAAAUGCAGUUAAGUUAGGCCGAAUGGUCAUCAAUGCAGACUCCGAAACACCAGACCUGCAUAAGUCAUCUUAAAUAAUCUAGCUUGUGAUACUCAUCUUGCACAAUCCCUGUGUUUUCUGGAAAUCAUAACAACAAAAAAGAAUUGUGGGAAGUGUCAUACCAAAAUAAAAAAGAAAUACAUCCUGGCUGGAAGAGACUUAGUGAAUGUACUUCUGGACCCAGCUGUUCUUUUUUCAGUGGACCUAUAAAGGGGGUGGAGGGCAGUGCUAAUAUGAAUGGGAGCACAAGAGUACAGCAAUCUAAAAGGGCCAUGUGAUGAAGUUUCUCUCUGCUAAACAUAGCAGAAAGUAUCUAGUGAAAAAUCUACCCCCGACUUCAUUUCCCCCAUGGAUAGGAACUGCUUUGAUUUUAUAACAAAAUGACUGCUCAUUGAAGUAGACCUGUGGUCGACUCGUCCUGUAUUCACUAACAUUCUUUUUUAUUGGAAAAUCUGAAGUAGAAUAGUUUGCUGGGAAGGGCCAAUAAGUGGAAGACAGGAUUCCAAUCCUGCCUGUUACUUCCAUGUGGGCUUAUUGUAAACGUGACUUUUAGAAAUGAUUAUCAGAUGGGCAUGGAGCUUCUAAGACAACUUACAAGAUGGAAGUAUCAUCCUUUAUUUACAUGUGCCCUGGAGUUGAGUUGCUUCCACACAAAGCUGGAAGAUGUUGACUGUCCUAUAGACAUGUCUGGUAUUAUUUAAUAAAUAGGUUAAUCCUUAGCAUUCUCA